UGGGAAGACAUUGACCUAGACCAGUAGAAAGGGAUUUGCUACCAGGAUAAGCUCAUUAUAUUCACGAGAGUUACCAGUAAUGUCAAGCACAUCUACAUCAGUGAGACUGGGGAGUGGAACCGUGCGGAACCGGACCGGAGCCGAGGCCGGGAUCGAGCCUGCCAUGGGAAGUCCUGUAGUAGGAGAAGAAGAAGAAGCCUCCACGGAAGAGCUCUUAAUCGAGAAGUUGGAUAGAUUUCUUCGGUCUGUCGAGACCAGGUUGGACAGCUUUGAGCAGUAUUUGAAGGCUGUGGCCAAUGUUGAGCUGGAGGAGAAGAGCCGCACCAAGGUUGUCUCCAGUAGCGGCAAUAACUUUCUCAGCCCGGAGCUGGCAGAAACGACCAAGCAGCGGUCCUCGCGUAGAAGUAGUACUGCUAGCAUAGGGUCUAUCACCUCGUAUUCCUUGGGGAACUUGAAGUCGAUGUAUCUGAGAUUGGGGAUGAUCAAGGCAUCUGUGUUGAGAUCAUCUGUGUCCAACUUGGAACAUUUGUAUAUCAAUUUGGAGGAACAUUAUCAAUAUUUGACUACUUUUGGAAGUGAUGGCGAGCACCCUCUCGAACCGGAACUUGAAGCCGUGACCAGUAACACUGCCAUGGGCAAAGAAAUGUUACUGGCCAAGAUCUUGAACACUAUCCAAUUUUUCGAUGAAAAAUUCACUCAAGUGGACCAUUUGAUCCAAGACCGCACUCCUAGAGCCAAGGAUGAAUAUCAAGAAGCCACUUUCAGACACUUUAAGUACUUCAAUUUCAACAAGGCGUUGAAAUCUGCCGAAACUAGAGAUUUACACUACUACGAACUCCCCCUCAAUUGGAGAGAAAAUAGAUACAUUAUCCAGGGAUACAGAUUCACCCUCAAGCACAAGUCUAUAUUGGGUACGAUUUUCCGGUUCAACCACAACGAAUCGAUAAAUAUCUGGACCCACAUGGCCGGGAUAUGGUGCAUGGUUUAUCUUGCCCUUUGGCAUUUCCCCAGGUCCGCGGUCUUUGCAGCCAACCUGACCCGUGACAAUUGGGUUGUUUAUAUCUUUCUCUUGGCUGCAAUUGAAUGCUUUACCAGUUCAGUCAUCUGGCAUACAUAUUCUGGCUUUGCCCGCUACAAGACCCGGUCGACGUGUGCAUGCAUCGAUUACACUGGGAUCACCGUAUUGAUCACUGCAUCGAUCAUUGCCGCCGAGUACUGCUCGUUGUACCAUCAUCCAACCCUUUUGCGUACCUACAUUGUAUUCUCAUCAUUGUGUGGCGGUACUGGGUUCCUUUUCAAUUGGUCACCUUAUUUUGACCGUCCUGAGUGUAGAUCCUUAAGAAUUGGAUUUUUCAUGGGGUUGGCUUUUUUGGGGGCCAGCACUUUUGUUUGUUCUUGUUUCUUUGAAGGGUUCAUUUAUUCUUUAAGAUUCUUUAUCCCAUUGGUAUACAAGAGUUUUGUAUGGUAUUGGAUUGGGGUUGUGUUCUAUGGCGGGUUGAUUCCUGAAAGAUGGAGAUAUGACGUCGUUAUCAAUGAAGAUGAAACUUGUAGACAUACUCAUUCACCAGUGGAAGUUUUAGGAGGAGAAGUGGAACACUCUGGAUUGGAAGAAUUGGAAGAAAUUAAGCGGGAAAUCAGCCAUGAUAUGCAUGAAGAAAAACCAAAGGAAGCAGAUGAAUACCAGGAUAUAGUCGACAAGCAUUUCCCAAGCCAACCGGCAGAAACAAGAUAUCACCGUGACUUUUUCUCGUUGUGGUGGGUGGAUUACAUCCUUUCCAGUCACAAUAUUUGGCAUGUAUGUGUCCUUUUAGGAGUUCUUGGCCAUUAUGUUUGUGUAUUGGAUAUGUUUGAAAAGAUUGUACGUUAAAUGA